GCGGGCGCGGCCCCGGCCCAGGUGCAGCCGUGCAGCGCCGCCCGGCCAUUUAGCCUCAGCCCGAUAGGGCUGUGGUUGUGUUCGCGCUCCGCUGCCUGGCCUGGUCUGGGUGAAUGUAUGUCUCUUAAGACCAGCAGAGCAGCAACAGGGAAAAUGACAGUUGUGAGGUAUGAACAAGGGGCAGAGCUGACAGGAGCAUCGAGCUCUCCAACAGCAGAAGAGCCCACAGUAAAGAUUGAUGAUGGCCAUGAUGAGGAUAACAGACCAGAUAGCUGUUCCAAUGCACUUAGGAGAAAAAUUUCCCCAUUUGUGAUGUCAUUUGGAUUCAGAGUAUUUGGAGUUGUGCUUAUUGUUGUGGACAUUAUAGUUGUAAUUCUGGAUCUGGCUAUUGGUGAGAAGAAGGGUGUUAGAGAGAUACUUGAAGGUGUUUCCCUGGCAAUAGCACUCUUCUUCCUCGUUGAUGUUCUCCUGAGAGUAUUUGUUGAAGGCUUCAGGAACUAUUUCUGGUCCAAACUGAAUAUUUUGGAUGCAUUCAUAGUGGUGGGCACUCUGUUAAUCAACAUGACAUACUCCUUCUCGGGUCUUGCUGCAGCAGAUCAGAUACCAAGAAUGGUCACUCUCUUCCGAGUUCUGAGGAUUGUCAUCUUGAUAAGAAUAUUUCGCCUGGCUUCACAAAAGAAGCAACUUGAAGUGGUGACCAGGAGAAUGGUCUCUGAAAACAAAAGGCGUUAUAUGAAAGAUGGCUUUGAUCUGGAUCUCACUUAUGUUACUGAUCGCAUUAUUGCAAUGUCGUUUCCAUCUUCUGGGAAGCAGUCUUUCUAUAGGAACCCUAUAGAGGAAGUUGCAAGAUUUUUGGACACCAAACAUGCAGACCACUAUAAAGUCUACAAUCUUUGCAGUGAGAAAGGCUAUGAUCCCAAGUACUUCCACUACAGGGUAGAAAGGAUCUUUAUUGAUGACCACAAUGUCCCAGCACUACAGGACAUGCUGAAAUUCACUGCCAGUGUCCGUGAAUGGAUGAGUCAAGAUGAAAAGAACAUCAUAGCAAUUCAUUGUAAAGGAGGCAAAGGGAGGACUGGAACAAUGGUUUGUACCUGGCUCAUAGACAGUGACCAGUUUGAGAGUGCAAAGGAAAGUUUGGACUACUUUGGGGAGAGAAGAACUGAUAGAAGCACAAGUACCAAGUUUCAAGGAGUUGAAACUCCAUCCCAGAGUAGGUAUGUUGGGUAUUAUGAGAUCCUGAAAAACAAGUAUAACUUGAAACUCCCACCAGAGAGACAACUCAAAAUAAAAAACCUCAAAAUCCACUCUAUACAUGGAGUUGGGAAAGGCAAUGGAACUGAUAUGAAGGUGCAGGUGAUAGUGAGGAAGCAAGUUGUACUAGAGUGUAUAUGUGCCAGUCAAGGAAACUGCAAGCUCUUCUUUGAUGCUGAAAAUGACUCUGUAGUCAUUGGCUUGGAGGACAGCCCUGUCAUAAGUGGUGAUGUGAAAGUCAGAUUUGAAUCACAUUCAGAUCUCCCAAAAGGCUAUGAUGACUGCCCAUUCUUCUUCUGGUUCAACACUUCCUUUAUUGAAAAUAACAGACUCUACCUUCCCAGGAAUGAGCUGGAUAACCCUCACAAGUCUAAAACAUGGAAAGUCUAUACUGAGACAUUUGCUGUGGAGGUGAACUUUAUUGAACCAUAAGGGAAAAAAAAAAAAGACUGAAAAAAGGGAAACAUGUAAAAUUAAUCUCUUUUCCUGGAGAAUGUCUUGCUGUUUCAGUAUACAAUGAAGCAGUUACGUUUUGAUGUACUUAAUGUAUUUCUGUGUAGAUACAACUUGUCAAAUAAAUUUACAUGAAGUUCUGUUAUGCAGAGCAAUAA